GUCCACACUCGCUGGUUUCUCUGACAGACGCUCAGUGAAGCAACACACUGGGCUAUAAAUACAUGACUCCUCUGCAGCGCAGCAUCUGUAUUUACUCACUGAGCCUGAACACACCACUGUUGACAGUUUGUAUCCGAGCAGCUGCUGGAUUUUUCUUUUCACUACCAGGAAGUUUUGCUCUGUUACUUUGGGACUUCUAUGUUCUUCCCAGAGAGGUUUUUUUUUCAGAUCUGAGGAGUUCAUGGCCGGAGCAACUAUGGGACACUUUUGGGGAGAUAUUGCUAGUCAGAGAGUUGCCAGAGCAACAUCCCUGGGGAACGAUGAGGAGGCGGUGUUGGACCAGGGGAAGACGAGCUCCACCCUCCACACCAACUUUGAGAUGGAUGAACUGGAGAGUCACAGGGCGGUGUACGUCGGGGUCCACGUCCCUCUGGGCCGACAGACCCGGAGGCGUCACCGUCACCGAGGACACAGACAUCACCGGAGACGGCGGGACAACAUGGACCGGGAGGACGGACGGGACUCGCCCACGAACGACACGCCGUCGCAGAGAGUCCAGUUCAUCCUCGGGACUGAGGACGACGACGAGGAGCACGUGCCCCACGACCUGUUCACCGAGCUUGACGAGCUCGCCUUCAGGGACGGAGAGCUGCAGGAGUGGAAGGAGACGGCCAGGUGGCUGAAGUUUGAGGAGGACGUAGAAGAUGGCGGCGAGCGCUGGAGUAAACCAUACGUGGCCACGCUGUCGCUGCACAGUCUGUUCGAGCUGCGUUCCUGCAUCAUGAACGGCACCGUGCUGCUCGACAUGCGAGCUGACAGCAUCGAGGAGAUCGCAGACAUGGUGAUCGACAGCAUGCUGGCGUCGGGUCAGCUGGAGGAGGGCGUGCGGGAGAAGGUGAAGGAGGCCAUGUUGAGACGCCACCACCACCAGAACGAGAAGAAGCUGAGCAACUGGAUGCCGCUGGUUCGAUCCUUCGCCGACAUCGGCAAGAAACACUCCGACCCCCAUUUACUGGAACGUAACGGUCUGCUGGCGUCGCCUCAGUCUGCUCCUGGAAACCUCGACGGCGGCAAACACGGCGAGAGUCGCAUUGGCGGAGGCAGCCGGGAAAACAGCACAGUGGGCUUCACCAAGGUGGACAUGAACUUCAUGAAGAAGAUUCCUCCCGGUGCAGAGGCCUCGAAUGUCCUGGUGGGUGAGGUUGACUUCCUGGAGCGACCGAUCAUCGCAUUCAUUCGCUUAUCUCCUGCCGUCCUGCUGACGGGCCUCACCGAGGUCCCGGUACCCACCAGGUUUCUCUUCCUGCUGCUCGGCCCGUUUGGAAAAGGUCCGCAGUACCACGAGAUCGGACGCUCCAUCGCCACACUGAUGACCGACGAGAUUUUCCACGACGUGGCCUACAAGGCGAAGGACAGGAUCGACCUGCUGUCAGGGAUCGAUGAGUUCCUGGAUCAGGUCACUGUGCUGCCUCCGGGCGAAUGGGACCCCAGCAUCCGCAUCGAGCCCCCGAAGAGCGUCCCGUCCCAGGAGAAAAGGAAGAUGCCGUCCGUCCCCAAUGGCUCCGCCUACAGCUCUGACGCGGUAAAGGAGGCGGAGCAUCAGACCGGACCUGAGCUUCAGAGGACGGGCAGGAUCUUUGGCGGUCUGGUGAACGACGUUCGGAGGAAAGUUCCCUUCCUGUGGAGCGAUGUCCGAGACGCCGUCAGCCUGCAGUGUCUGGCGUCCGUCCUCUUCCUGUACUGUGCCUGCAUGUCACCCGUGGUCACGUUCGGGGGGCUGCUGGGAGAAGCCACCAAAGGAAACAUAAGUGCCAUAGAGUCUCUGUUCGGGGCGUCUCUGACGGGCGUGGCCUACUCCCUGUUCGCCGGUCAGCCUCUCACCAUCCUGGGCAGCACCGGUCCCGUUCUGGUCUUUGAGAAGAUCCUCUUCAAGUUCUGCAGCGACUACGGCCUGUGCUACCUGUCCCUGAGGACCAGCAUCGGCCUGUGGACCGCUUUCCUCUGUCUGCUGCUGGUCGCCACCGACGCCAGCUCCCUGGUCCGCUACAUCACCCGCUUCACCGAGGAGGCGUUCGCCGCCCUCAUCUGCAUCAUCUUCAUCUACGAGGCCCUGGAGAAGCUCGUCCACCUCGCGGAGGUCUAUCCCGUCGACAUGCACGGCCAGCUGGACAACCUCACCCAGUACACGUGUCGCUGUUCUCCUCCGGUCAACGUCUCCGCUGACGUCCAACAGAUCUGGAGCAACAAGAACUUCACCUCGGAAAACAUCGAAUGGGAUCAGCUGAGUGUGAAGGACUGUGUGAGUUUACGCGGCGAGUUCGUCGGCUCCGCCUGCGGCCGCGAUGGCCCCUACGUCCCCGAUGUCCUCUUCUGGUCACUCAUCCUCUUCUUCACCACCUUCCUCCUCUCGGCCUUCCUCAAACAGUUCAAGACCAAAAGAUACUUCCCCACAAGGGUUCGAUCGACCAUCAGCGACUUCGCCGUCUUCCUGACCAUCAUGAUCAUGGUGCUGGUGGACUACCUGGUGGGAAUUCCUUCUCCCAAACUCAACGUUCCCGACCGCUUCCAGCCCACGUCGAACACACGGGGGUGGCUGAUCUCUCCGCUGGGACCGAACCCCUGGUGGACGCUGCUGGCGGCCGCUGUCCCCGCUCUGCUCUGCACCAUCCUCGUCUUCAUGGACCAGCAGAUCACCGCCGUCAUCGUCAACAGGAAGGAGAACAAGCUGAAGAAGGGUGGUGGCUACCACCUGGACCUGCUGGUGGUUGCCGUGAUGCUGGGCGUGUGCUCCAUCAUGGGCCUGCCGUGGUUCGUGGCGGCGACCGUGCUCUCCAUCUCCCACGUCAACAGUCUGAAGCUGGAGUCGGAGUGUGCGGCGCCCGGCGAGCAGCCCAAGUUCCUCGGCAUCCGAGAGCAGAGAGUCACCGGCUUCAUGAUCUUUGUCCUGAUGGGCUGCUCCGUCUUCAUGACCCCCGCCCUCAAGUUCAUCCCGAUGCCCGUUCUGUACGGAGUCUUCCUCUACAUGGGCGUGUCCUCGCUCAAGGGCAUCCAGCUGUUCGACAGGAUCAAGUUGUUCGGCAUGCCGGCCAAACACCAGCCGGACCUGAUCUACCUGCGCUACGUCCCGCUGUGGAAGGUCCACGUGUUCACGCUGGUGCAGCUGUCCUGCCUCAUUGUGCUCUGGGUCAUCAAGGCGUCCGCCGCCGCCGUUGUCUUCCCGAUGAUGGUUCUGGCUCUGGUCUUCAUCAGGAAGCUUCUGGACUUCUGCUUCACCAAGCGGGAGCUGAGCUGGCUGGACGACCUGAUCCCCGAGAGCAAAAAGAAGAAGGACGACGACAAGAAGAAGAGGGAGAAGGAGGAUGCUCGGCGCCGGCUGGAGGAGGCUGACGAUGAUCCAGCUUACGACAGAGGAGAAGUCGUGAAUUUCCCGAUCAAAAGCCUCAAAGGACGAGUGGACCCGUCGGAGGUGAACAUCUCCGAUGAAAUGGCCAAAAGCGGCAUUUGGAAAUCCGUUUCCAUGACGACUGACAGCAACAAAGCUCUGAAGCGCUGCCACAGUCUGGAGAAGUUGCCGAGCGUCCAGAUCAAAGUGGAGAACAAGGAUGGAGGAAGAGUCGUCGACGCUGAGACGUCGCUCUGAGACAACGAUGAUGCUCUGAUCCUCCACCAGGCGGUGCUGCUGAGCUUCUCUGACCUGAGGUGAAAGGUCACUGGAGUACCAAUCAGGCUUCACCUCGUCGCUCUUGCCGACAAAGGUGAAUGUUUAAUUAUCUCAUCGUUUUAUGGUGAAUCACGGAGACCCCGCCUCUUCACGGAUACUCCGCCUCUGGCAGCAAAUAUGGCCGCAGCUGAUGAAGAAGGCUUCCUGGGGUUCCUGCUGCUGCGCUGUGAUCCGUGGAUGUAACAAAACAACUGAAGUUUAUUUUUUUGUUUAAAUUUUGUUCGUGCUUUAAUGAAGCUCUUGACCUCCAACCUCUGACCUCUGACCUGCGACAGGUCCGACGUUUUUACUCAAUCAUCAUGCUGAUUAAAGGUGCGUGUGUGUGUGUGUGUGUGCGUUUGCACGCGUGCGUUUGCACGCGUGCGUGCAUACAUGCGUGUCACUGCUGUGCCUCACCUUGUUGCCUGCCGACUGAAUGAUGUCAUACAAUCUUUAAUAAUAAAAUCAGUUUGUUAAAGACGA